AUGCUGACCAAAUUUUCUCUUCAUCUGAUUGUCAUCAUGUCGCUGUUAGUUAUCGCAAGUCACGCAGGUGGGUCCGAACACCUGUUUUUGAGACGAGACCUAGACUUUGCUAUUUUCUAAGAUAAUGAUGUGACCCGAGAAAAAGGAAACAGGUUGUAAGAUGUUAUACCGCAAAUUCGCCAUUUAAAAUAAAGGUGUCCUUGAAAUUUAAACCCGGUUUUUAAGGGCUAUACAGAAAAUUCGCCAUCUAAAAUAGAGGUUUCCUUGAAAUUUAAACCCGGUUUUUAAGGGCUAUACAGAACAUUUCGCUAUGGCGCCUGACACACUAGGUGAUUCAUAACAUCUAUCACAGCUAUCGUCGUAAAUAGCCUACCGUAGCCUUCUACACGCCAAAGGCAAAUUUCGUUAUUUACUGCGAUCGGGUGUACAAAUAGUGAACUACCUAUAUCUAGAAAUUAGUAAUUCACCUUCGCUCUUCCUUGCGAAUCACCAAUACGGUCAAUUAAUCAAGAUUGGCGACUAGAUCUCGUGACUAAGAACAAAGAAGAUGAGCUUAGAGGUCGCAAUAUGCAAUAUGCAAUAGCUUGUAAAAUCACUUGCAUUGUAUGUCUUCAGCUUGACUGUCAAACCUUUAUGCUGGGAAAUGAAGUAUAAUUGACAAUUAUUCAACAAGCGCGCGUUGGAUAUGAGAUGAUAGACACUCAAAGAGUCCCGUGGAGCCGAGUUUGCCAUAAUCAUCUUAUCAAUAUCCAGCAAGCGCAAGUGGAAUGUGUUAUUUAAAAAGCCCCAAAUUAUGGAUAAAUAUUCCCAACUUUAUUUUGUAAACUUUAUAUUUUGACAUGUACACUCACUAUAUUUGUUGAGCAUGCAUGGUGUAAUGGCUCAUAAGCCAUGAUGGCUAAGCCAAUGAAAACUCAUGAAUUGCGUUACCCAAUGAUCCAGUUUCUAAUAAUGAAGUAUAAUCGAUCACUGCCACAUAAACUGCUUUUAUAUGACUCGUAAAAAUCAUUUACUGAAAAUAAAGGAAAUUUGCAAUACACCUAUUUUAUAUGAUUUUCGGCCUGAAAAAAUGGUAUUUCUGACGAAUGAGUCUGCGAAUAAGGCAGAAAUAAAUAUUUUGUCGGCACGAGAUACGACAUGGCCUGGGCCUUAGGCCCGAGCAUCAUGGGUAAUGAUGCAGUGGUAUAUAAAGGAAAGUAUAGCACGUGGUGUCCAUCUAGGCCUCAGAACCAACCGUUCACCUCUGGUUGAUGACAAAUUUAGUUUAGUUUGAAAACAUAUUUUCUUUAGCUGUGAAGCCUCGUAGGAUGGGCUGCCAACUGCUCUGAGUUUGGGCCAUGGUUCCUACCCAGAUUUCCUGUCAUGUUUUUUUCCCCAAAGGGGUUUUUUCUGGCAGGUUUUUUCUGGCCUCUGUAUAACCGUAGUUGUGUCCUUGUAAGCGGUUGCCCAUCUCUGUUAAUCCAGACUUGGCGAAGUUUGCAUGUUAGUAAUGUUUACCUUCUUUUUUCUUAAUGUGUAAGGAAUUGACUGUAUAUCAGGAUUGUAUAUGGUAUAUCAGUUGCGAAUAUAUGUAUGUAUGCAUGCCCCGGGCUAUAUAUGCCUCGCGUUGGUUCUCGGCAGGCUUCCUUAAAUAAACUUAUUUGGUGUACACUACUAUGUUAUUUGUUGUGUAGUGGAGACAAAAUCUGGUGCUUUUGACAGCUUUACUUUCCAGGACAAGAAAGUCAUCGAAUGGCUUCCAUUGGGGUCGAGCCAUUUUAAGAAUUUAGACAGUUUAUAAACCUUCUAGUUGUCUCUUACAGGUAGUAUCGCAAAGGUUGUUGACCACAGUAAAGGAGUGUACAUGCACGAUCAUCCUGAUUUCCCAUCGGUCAUGGGAGGUAAGCAUGUCGAACUCUGGAUGAAAUAUUGAAACAAUUACAUUAAAUUAAACUCAACAACUCUUCCACACUGUAGUUUACCUAUACAAGUCAACCCAUUAUAAUGUUAACAGAUUUGUGAAAUCGAAAUGGUUUAAAUGUCUUCUAAAUUUCUCUAUAACGGUCAAGAGUGGAUGAACUCAUAAUCUCGCGACAAUAUCUUUAUCCAUAUACAGUAGAGUUUGUUUGCUGAUACUGUUGUUAACCAAUGAAUUUGUAUGAGUAGAAUGGCCAGAACUGACCAGUGUAGACACUUCCGACUUAUUGAGGCUACCCCUCGAUCCAGGUUGUGCUACAUCAAAGACGCGUUUAGAAUGAUAUUAACAAAAUGAGAUCGAGGAUCAAGUUUGUAUAAUAUGUUAAAUUCGCAUAGGUGGGAGCUUAUUAUUGAUCAUUGUUAUUAUCUGUUAUCAUCAUGGCCAUGAUGACGCCAUUUUAGCUUUGCUACUCCUUGCUAGACCUAAAGCUACUCUCCAGCUUUUUGCGGGUGUCCUGGGCUGAGUGAGGCAUGUUGAGAUUAAGGCGACUUGCCCAGGGAACACAACACAAUGAAACGGCCUGGGCUCUAACCUAGAUGCGCAGUAGACCAAAGCAUAAAACAUGAGCCUCCCAUACUGAUCUCAAAUGGCUUCUCUUGAAAAUUCCGGCAAUAUAUCAUCUGGCAAACAAGUAAUGAGGAUAGACAGACUCGCCAACUUGACACAAUUAUCUUGAUGUAACAGAAAAUUCUCCCAACAAACUUACGAGAAAAUUCUUAGAAGCUGGCAGCAAGAAUUACUAAUCAGAUCAUUACCUUAUAACCAGGGCCCGGCGGUCCAUACCGCACUCACUACCUUCAUUCUCGGUUUGGAAUUGGUCACAGACGGAGGCGUGCAAUAACGAAUCUUAAGGUAUUUUUGACAGUUUUUAACCUUUCAAAAACAACUGACAGAAAUCCUCAUAAAAUUGAGUAGAAAAAUAAUCAAACGCACGCAAACCGAAAAACACUGAAAGAACAACGAGAAGACAGACAAACAAAAAUAAAAAAAUAAUAUAGAAUAAGAUAAAAAUCACUUACUUUAAAUUCAAAAUUCCUUGUUAUAGAAUUUAACUUCAAAGAAUUAUCAAAAAACAUUAAUUUUUGCUUUCUUUAUUAAUCAGGUCCAAAAUGAGGCAAGAUAGAUUCUGAUUUGUACAAGAAAUUUCCUGCUGAAUUUCAUUCAUGGCAUGAAAGUAGGAACAUAUUAAGAGAAACUGAACUCACAGAAUUGUGGUGUAAUGACCACGCAAUUAUGAGAGCUCCGAGCAUUUUUUGCGACUAAAUAUCUUAUUAAAUAUAUCUUAAUUGACGUCUCUGAUUCAAGACACUAAUUUCUUCCCAGAUCCGUCAUCAUUUGAUUGUUAACAUGCAUACAAAGCAAUUUUGUAGUCAGUGUUCAAGAGAUUUAACAGGUUUUGCUUCACCUCGCAUUGUAAUUGGUCUAGCAACUUUAUGCGAUCCUUUGAUCCAUCAAAUG